AUGGUGGACGUGGUUCUGUUCGAGCUUCUACACAAGGAGAUGGUGGCGGAGCUAUGGGCGCAGGCACCCGACCCCGACCUCGGCCCGGGGGGACAGAAGAUGAGCCUGUUGGUCCUGGAGAGCAUCGGCUUCCGCGUGGGCCAAGCCCUGGGUGAGAGGCUGCCCCGGGAGAUGCAAGCCUUCAGGGAGGAGCUGGACAUGCUCAAGUUCCUGUGCAAAGACCUGUGGGUGGCCAUGUUCCAGAAGCAGAUAGACAGCCUCCGAACCAACCACCAGGGCAUCUACGUGCUACAGGACAACAGUUUCCCCCUGCUCGCGCGCAUGGGCUCGGGCCUGCAGUAUCUGGAGGAAGCACCCAAGUUCCUGGCCUUCACCUGCGGCCUCCUCCGCGGCACCCUCAGCACCCUGGGCAUCAAGAGCCUGGUCACCGCCUCCGCGACAGCCCUGCCAGCCUGUAGGUUCCAGGUGGCGAUCCAGCGAGCCUGAGGAGGCCCUGCCCGCGGACCCCGGGCUGC